AUGGCGGUAACAGACUCUGUCUCCGUCUUCGCAGAGGGCACAUUCGAGGAGCAGAUCCUAGAAUUGGCAAAUUACAUCGCGCAGAGCAAGCCAGAGUCAGAACGCGCAUCGUAUGUCCAGUUCGUGCAAGACAGUCUGCAGGUCGGGGAGGGCCAAACACCAAUAUCCGAAGACGAGGGACGUCGGAAGCAGGUUUUUUUGAAUGUCUUUGGGGAGGUGAAGGGCUUUGGGGAAGGAUCUCUCCGAGAGAUCGAAGGAUUUUUCAACUUGCUUUAUGCCCACCUCUUGACGCUAUGGCCGACGGAUUCGUCAGAAACGAAGGAAAGCGUUUCCAAUCUAUUGAAUGUUGUUACAUCCUCCCCUGCAGAAUCUAGUAUCAAAUAUCGCAUACUUUCUAACCUAUUUAAUGCCCUUCCACGAUCAUCGUCGCUGCGCCUUCCUGUCUACACCUCUAUUAUCGAGCUCGCAAGCGCCAACGACGAACUCGAAGUCCUACAGCUGUCACAAGCUGACACCGAAAAAUGGCUCCAGGAAUGGGACAUCUCAUCGAGUGAAAAGAGCGCGUUCCUGAAAGCGCUCGUCGAUGCAUUCACGACGGCUGGUCAACUAGACGUAUCGUACAAGUAUAAACUCGCCUACGUCCGCUCCCUCGAAUCCUCUUCCCCCGAUGCGCAACACGCAGCCAUCGAUCUCAUCGCCACCGCCCUCUCCUACCCCACUCUCUUCGACUUUGAUACGCUUUUCAAGCUCGACUCCGUCCUCGCCCUCAAAGACCACGAGCUCUUCCAGCUCCUGCAGGUCUUUGUCAACGGCGGGCUUGAUGAGCUCAAGGCAUGGCAAGAUGCACACGCCGAUGCCGAGAAAUUCGGCCUCGACAAUGCGCAGCUGGAACGCAAGAUGCGCCUCCUCUCACUUGCCGCACUCGGCUUCCAGAACAUUGGGCGCGAGCUCUCGUAUACCAAAAUCGCUUCCUCUCUCCAAGUCGAAGUUUCCGAUGUCGAAAAAUGGGUCAUCGACGUGAUCCGUGCAGGCCUCUUGUCCGGGAAGCUCUCCCAGACGACUCAAACGCUCCGAGUUGUCCGCGCCACCGCGCGCGCCUUCGAGCGUCCACAGUGGGAGGCCCUUGAGCAGCGCCUCACAGCAUGGCGUGCGGGACUUGAGAGUGUUCUCGAGGUCGUCGCUAGCGCCAAAAAGCGGAACACACAGGUGUUGGCUGCUGUCGCUGCCGAGGGACCGACGAACGAUGCUGAAGGCGUCGCUGCUGGUCCUGCUGCGAGCGAGGCAGCGGCGAGUGGGGACGUACCGCCGGCGCCUCAGCCACAAGUCGUUGCAGCAUAA